AUGAAAUUCCAAGAGUUCGUUGUUCAUUUGCAAAUUUCAUGUCUAAGUGAUAAAUUUUACAUUAAUUUUUUUUUUCUCUCUCUCCCUAUCUAUCUAUCUAUCUAUCUAUCUAUCUAUCUAUCUAUCUAUCUAUCUAUAAUGAUAGAGGAGUCCUUAGAAAUCCAUAGGUUUAUAUCUAUCUAUCUAUCUAUCUAUCUAUCUAUCUAUCUAUCUAUCUAUAUAUAUAUAUAUAUAUAUAUAUAUAUAUAUUUCGAGUUGAUCCCGCCUUUUGUUUUCAUUUUGCAAGAAUUGGGGCCUGUAACUAAAAAUGUAUUAUUUGACCCAUUUUCUAAUGCCCCUGGUCUGAAAAUCUAUCUAUCUAUCUAUCUAUCUAUCUAUCUAUCUAUCUAUCUAUCUAUCUAUCUAUCUAUUCGUCUGUCUCAUUCUCUUCAUAUGUAUUUAUCUCAGUCUGUUCAUAUCUAUCUAUCUAUCUAUCUAUCUAUCUAUCUAUCUAUCUAUCUAUCUAUCUAUCUAUCUCAACUUCUUUGCAUCUUUCACCGAUGGCCUCGAGCUCAGCUGCUCGCUUAUCUACGGGAAAGCACCGCUGCGCGGAUUGAAAGGUUGGCUUCAGCGGCUUCAAGCAUGUCAGCACGCCGCGCCAGGCUUUCAGUUGAAGAACGUUCACUUCAGAAUUCACAGGACACAGUCUGCGUGGCUAGGUUGAGGGCUUCAGAGUCCCCAACACAGAAAACCCUUCGUCCUUUGCGGGAUGCCACCGCCAAAGCUUGUUCCAGGGGUUUAGAAAGCCCCGAACAAACAACUUCACGUCUUCUUAGGAAUACUCGGGCUACAGCCGCCUCUAGAGCUUCGGAACAACCCCAAGAAACCGCUCAUCGUCACUUUAGAAAUGCCCUACCCACCGCGUCUACCAGAGCCUUAGAAAGUUCUGCACAGACCACUGUUCGUCCCGUUAGAAAUGCCCGCUCCACUGCAUCUGCUAGUGCCCUAGAAAGCCCUGCACAAACCACUGUUCGUCGCGUUAGAAAUGCCCGCUCUACCGCGUCUGCCAGGGCUGCAGAAAACUCUGAAGUACGCCGUCAACGGCUCGAAAACAUUAGCCAACUUGGAGCUUCUUUGAAUGGCGUAACUUCGCCGUCUGCGUCAUUUUGGUCAAAUGCCGCAUACAAUUAUGACUGCACUGUCAACUAUUCAGCUAGGAGAGACGUACAAAUAGGGGCCAUGGAUAAAGUUUGCACUUUUUGCAACGCAAAAAUGUGGGCUGCAAUACGGAAGUACAAAUGUUGCUUCCAGAUGACGUCUUUUGGUGCGAAGGCUAUUAGUGAGGAGCGAUGGAUGCCUACUUUCAAAGUGCAAGGCCAGGUUUACCACUUAAUGGGAUCAUUCUUGGCUGAUCAGGGAGAGCCACCUUCGUUCCUACAAAUUUACUUUCUCGCCGACUACAACGAGCAGGUUGAUGCGCGUCUCGGCAUUCUGCCUAGCGAUAUUUCCGUCGGUUCCCGUAGAGACAUUCUGUUCCGUCUACAAGACAUACUUCACGAAACUAACAGUUACAUCCGAAGCUUAAAGUUUGCGUUGCAAAACAACUCUUCGCCCUCUUUCAGCGUUGUCAUCGAUGCAGACAGACGGCCUCACGGCGAGCAUGAGCGUCGCUUCAAUGCUCCUGCAUGUAAUGAAGUCACCGCAGUCAUCCACGGUGAGGAGCAUAACAGCCGUGAUAUUGUCAUAAGGUACCAGGGCGGUGGUCUGUGCCGCAUCAGUGAAACCCAACGUUCAUACGACUGUCUCCAGUACCACCUCCUUUUUCCAUACGAAAGCGAUGGGUGCCGUCAACUAUUUCUUCAAUUCGCUGUUGACAUGGCUGCAAAAAUGGAGUCGGAGAGGUUAGGAUUCAUCAAGUUAAACCAAUCCAAACUUAGAACCGACUCCUAUAUUCACUUUCGUGAUGGUCUGCGUUCUGAUGGUGACACACGCAAUCUCGGCAAACCGUGCAUUUUGCCUUUCUCUUACACUGGUGGCCCUCGAUACAUGCAUGAAAGGACACAAGACGAAAUGAACUAUGUCCAUCAUUACGGGAGGGCUGAUUUGUUCGUCACGUUCACGUGCAAUCCGAAAUGGGUUGAAAUCACACGCGAACUUUUUCCAGGUCAGCAGUACUCGCACCGCCUUGACCUAAUUGCCCGCGUUUUCCGUCCAACGUCCUGGAAUGAAAGUAAUACGGUGAAACAUCUAUCUAUCUAUCUAUCUAUCUAUCUAUCUAUCUAUCUAUCUAUCUAUCUAUCUAUCUCAGUCUGUUCAUUUCUAUCUAUCUAUCUAUCUAUCUAUCUAUCUAUCUAUCUAUCUAUCUAUCUAUCUAUCAGUUGA